UUCAAAAAAAGGUUUUGUUUAAUAAAGUUAUGCAAAAAACAUAUAGAAGCAAAAUAAGGCCAUACAAAGUAAGACAUUUUUUCUGAAUUCAUAAAAUAGGAGCAUACCAUCUACAAACAUUGAAGACAAAAUCUACCACCUUCCAGCCGUUCCUGAAAAUGCACGUUGACCAAUAGAAUACAGUAGAAGCGUCUGUCAUGACUUCAAACGAAUAGUCAUUUUCCAAAAAUGCAUUCCACCCAUCUGUCAUGAUCAACUAUUUAGUCAAUCAGAUGCAAUAAAAGAACAGACUUGCUGAGGUAAGCCCUUAACGUCAGUUUGGAAUGAACUCCCAGGCUUGUAUUUAAUAAGUGUAGUUGUGCAACAAGUUGUAGGACUAGUUUCCCACCAAAGGGUUUGCUUUUAGAAUAGCAGAGAGGGAACCAAAAACUCAGGAAAAUCAAACAAACCAACAAAGUUAUCUUUAACAUUUUAAUAUAGAAAAACUACAAGAAAAUCUCAUGGUAACUAAAAAACAUCUGCUUUGAUUUUGUAAUUGAUUUUAUAAGCUCACUAGUCUAAUGUGUGGAUUAAGAGUUUGUAAUUAAUCCAUUAGUUUUAUGGAGGGAAUUUUUCCCGCUUGCACAUCUAUCUGCUCUUGUUUUGAUCAGCUUCAAGUGUUUCUGCCAUCUUGUCUUGUCCAGCAGAUCUAGUUUUAUUUUCAUUUUUGUGUCCUGACCAGACUGAUGUGGCCUUCUGCAGCCUCUCACUUUGGAAAAUCAGGAUAAUAUUUGAUUUUGAUUUGAUUGAUUAUUUCAGACAUUAAAAAUAAUUGAAAAAAUUAAAGUAAAACAUAAAUAUAUCAAAUAAAUUCCAGGUAUCAGUUAUAAUGUUAAUUCAAAAAUUAAUAAUAAAAAAAAAAAAACAAAGAUGCCAUCUCUUUGACUAUGCAAUUACUCAUAAUCAGAAAUAGAUGUAUUUGCAGUAAAACAAGUUCAGAAACAUCACAUUAGAUUAAUUAAAUAUAAUAAUUAUAAAAUAAAAGCAUAUAAAGAUUGAUUUGUUGCUUGAAAUGGAAUGGGAACAAGAAAAUGUAUACAAUCCCGGCCCUAUUGUGUUAUUUCUAUUAAUAUAUUUUAGCCUAGUUGUCAUAAUCCGGUCCUCAUCAUCUCAAGUGGAGAUUAUUUAUCAAGUAACAAACUGGAGUGCUUAUUGAUUAUUCUCAGAAAAAUACUCUUAAAUCAUUUCCGUAAACAUUAUUAUGGAUCACUUUUUAUGUAACAUAAAUGUAAAGCUCACUGAUUAUCAUCUGACUUUAUUAUUACAUAAAUCUGGUUAACGCUAAUUAUGCAUCAAACACUUCAGCUCCAAAGUGAUCUUAAUUUAACAUCUCCAUGAAAGCAAAAACAUAAAUGAAAUUUAUUUGGGAAUGAAUUCAGAGGUCAAGGGGUUUAUUAUUAUUGUAACACAUCACUCAUCACGUAUCAAUAAUCAAUAACUUUUAAAUUAUUCUUAGAAAACGCUUUUACAUCACUUCAGUAUUACGCAUCACAUGUUGAAUAGCAAAAAUUUAUUAUCAUCAUAAAACAUUAAAUAUUUCAAAACGUCCAAGUUCACACAUCCUUUAUUUGGAAUUUGUUUUAACAUCCAACUUUUAGGUCCUCUCAUUACCAUAUGGAAAAAAAACAAAAGUUCCCAUUUACAUUUAUAUUGAAUUUAUUAGUUUAUGCAUAUUUGAAUUUUGUGUGAGCUCAGAGUUUAGUGCUGCACACUGACAGACACAAACUUUUCCUUAUCAGUUGACAUAGAAAUUCCCCUCAGUUUUUGUCACCUCCUUUAUUUUCUAGGAAUAUUUUUGCAUGGUUAGUUUUUUCUACUGGCCCUAAAACGAGGUUGCAUGGUGAAAAAAGUCAAUAAGGUCAAGCAGUUUUAAAAGCUUGAAUUGACAAUAAAUAAAAGUGUAAUCAACUAUAACGAAUUGUGGAAAAAAUAGUGAGGAACUCAUGUCACUCCAAAAAUAAACAAAAUAUUUUUAAUGCUUUUCUAAGGAUUCUGUUUAAUGUUGCCCCAAAAUGACGUCUUAAUUGAAUGUGAAAAUUGCACAAUUGUAAAUUAGAUUUUGCUUUAUUGAAUAAUUGUAUAUUUGCAGACAUUCUACAAGAUACUGUAAUGAUAUGUUUUAGUGGCAGGAUAAAAAAAAAAAAGUAAAAUAAUGCUAAAAAUGCUCUUUGGGUUAAAAAAUGGACUAAGAAAGAGGAUUUGUAUUAUUAUGAAAUUAAAUAGGCUUUCUAUUUGAGCUAACCGUGUUUUAAAGUGCUGUAGGGAGUAUUUUCUUCUAUAUGACAUUACAGAAAAGAGAUGUCGCAACAGUUCACCUGAAGUUCUCAUGAAGCGCGCUGAUGAAACCGCUUUGGCUGUUGUUGACAGUAGAUGAGUCCGAUCCCUCAUCAUCUGCUGGUUCCACACGUAACCAUAACGGAGGUGUGUCGGUGUUUUGUUUAAACUUGUAACCUGCCUUGGAAACAAUCAAGUCAAACUAAUCCACCGACAUUUAGAAAGGAGUGGCGAGUGCUAAUAUAAAUGAUGAGGCCAACUGCAAGGACACACAGUUGUUGAGACGCAGAAACACACAGAUGGAAGAUCUGAGUAUCCAGUAUGUUAACCAGGAGCUCUUUGAGAACCUGGAAAGGCACAGGACACAGGGCUUCUUCAGCUCAAAUGCUCUGGUGGUGCGAAGAGGAGAACCCUUCAGAGUCACCGUGUAUCUGAGGGGCCGGCCUUUCAACCCCAAAACCGACUCCUUGAGGAUCAAAAUCAUGCUCGGUCGGCUGUAUGUGAUAGUGCCAGUCACUUCCUCCUCCUACUCACCAUUGUCUGAUUGGAAAGCAUAUUUCGAUUCGAAGAGCUACAACUACCUGAACCCCUCCAUCUUUAUCCAGCCCCCGGCCUCCGCUCCGGUGGGCUUCUACGAGUUUCAGGUGUUCGUUCAGCCACAAAGCGGGCUGGGUAACUCUGCUUUCAGCAGCUUUGUCCUGCUCUGCAACCCCUGGUGUUCAGAGGAUUCGGUGUUCAUUCCAUAUGAAGAUCAAAGAGAGGAGUACGUCCUGAGCGACUAUGGGCUGCUGUUUAUGGGGACGCCUAUGAACACCGUGUCAAGACCGUGGUCCUACGAUCUGUAUGAGUCUGGUGUUUUAGAGGCAUGCCUGAAUCUGCUUCAAGUCAGCCCCCAGCACCAACGAAACCCAAAUGUGGACUUCCUGGACCGGAGCGACCCUGGCUACAUCGGCCGGGUUGUGUCUGCCAUGAUCAACAGCGAGGAUGAUCGAGGAGUGGUGAAAGGAAACUGGUCGGACAACUUCGAUCAAGGGGUCCAUCCUUCCUUGUGGACAGGAAGUGGAGACAUCCUGAGACAGUGGGCCCAGUCUGGCUGCAGCCCCGUCAAGUACGGACAGUGCUGGGUGUUUGCAGGUGUCAUGUGUACAGUCAUGAGGGUUCUGGGCAUUCCGUGCCGCAUCGUCACAAACUAUAACUCAGCCCAUGACACCAAUGCGAACCUGGUGAUCGAGGAGGUCUACAGUGAGACAGGACAGAAGCUGAACCUCAGCAGAGACAGCAUAUGGAACUUUCAUGUGUGGGUGGAGUGCUGGAUGACUCGCAGGGAUCUGGGGUCGUAUAUGGACGGUUGGCAGGUUCUUGACCCAACACCACAGGAAAGGAGUCAAGGGGUGUAUUGCUGUGGCCCAGCUCCAGUCAAAGCCAUAAGGAGCAAGCGCACUGAUAUCCCCUACGACGUCCCCUUCGUCUACGCUGAAGUUAAUGCAGAUGUGCACACGAUCAUAGUGUCGCAGGGUCAGGUGCUGAGCGUCAACAAAGACACGGAGAGAGUUGGAUCUCUCAUCUGCACUAAAGCCGUGGGAUUUCCAAGACUGGAGAACAUCACAGGAAACUACAAAUAUGAAAGCUCAAGUUCAGCUCUUUCUCCAAGAAGCUCUUCAAUGACGAAUGUCUCCGUAGCCCCAGCAGCUUUAAGCAUUUCUUCAAGGAGUUCCACACUGCCGGAUGUCUCCACAAUUAGUAGAGGUGCCUCAUCCAAGGGAAUGUUCCUUUCACUUUCCCUGGACAAAUCCCCGGUCGCCGGGGAGCCGAUCCGCUUGACGGUGAAAGUUACAAACAGGGAGAGUUUGGCCAAGACGGUGAAAGUGCACUUCAACGCUCAGGCAAAAGAGUACAACCUCAGCCCCUCUGACACCUUUUGGGAAAGUCAUGAAGUUGUUCAGCUGGGACCCAUGGAAGGCAAGGUGUUGCGUCAGCAAAUCCUUCCAGAACAGUAUGAGCACGCGGUGGGGGAUAAACUGAUCAACCUAGCGGUUGUUCUGGAGGACAUGUCCAGUCAGGAGCGGGUUCUGGCAACGGAGGAGUUCAAUGUUGCCAGUCCAGAGCUCAGUAUCCAGAUUCUUGACAAAAACGUUGUGGCAAAUAAAGAACACACAGCCAUAGUGACCUUCACCAACCCAUUCACUCACCCUGUGAACGGGGUACUGACCGUGACCGGAGCCGGACUGCUCCAAGAAAAGAUUCAGUUCAGGAUACGUGAACUGCAUCCAGGUAAAGGGGUGGAGGAGCGCGUCAAGUUCACCCCCAAAAUGGUGGGGAGGAAGAUGCUGCACGCCAGUCUGUCCCUUUCAACGGCUAACAUCAUAAUAAGAGGCUUCAAGAUGGUCUCUGUCAACAGUAUUUAGUUCAUUUACUCUCUGCUGCAAAAGAAAAAAAAUGUGUUGAUCUAUUUAUUUAUUUAACUGAUUUAUUUAUUGUUUUUACAUGUAUGAUGAACUUAGGUCAGGAAAAUUCCGGUGCUGCCGGUAUUUUAUGCUCAAAUUUUUGUAUUAACGCUUUAACUAGAGCAAAUGUUUCUAGUGUAUUCUUAUUACUCUGUAAAUGAUAUACAAAUCAAUAAAACAUAAACAAUCACACAAUGAAUUGUUCACUUUAUUGCAGUUUGUCUUUUUUCCUGAAGAGGGAGACCUUU